AUGGCUGCCACUGGUGUGAAUGGAAACCAAGGAUUUUUUCCUUUUGCGUAUAUUUUAGUUCCUGGAGAAGACAUUGAAGGGUGGGAGUGGUUUAUGGAGAACUUGCAGCAUUGUGUCGACUCUCGUCCUAUCACCUUUAUCACUAAUCGUCAUGAAGGGCUGAAGAAAAGUAUCCCAAGAUGUGGUUGGGUUUCCAAGUACAUCAUAAAUAUCGAUCCCAAGCAUUGGGAAAAUGCUUUCUUCGUAGGAUGUAGGUAUGGGACACACUCGUCAACUAUUGCAGAUUCUUUUAAUAACUGGAUUCUUUCUGAAAGGGAUCUGCCUCCAGCUGCUCUUGUUGAUGAGAUUAGGAUAAAGAUUAUGAGGAUGAGUGCAGAAAGGCGUGAGCUCGGUAGAAAUUAUAGUGAUAGUUUGACUCCCAUCUAUAAAGCUCUACUCAAGUCACAUGUCGAUAUAGGGCGUCCAUGGAGUGUUACGGAGUCAGGUAAUGGUAUAUAUGAGGUUCACUCUCCUAUCUCUCAUGUUGUUGAUCUGAUGCAUAUGAAGUGCACUUUCCAGAGAUGGAAAGUGUUUUGUUUCCCCUGUGCUCACGCCAUUGCUGCUAUUACUAUGAGUGGUAUUGAGAUGUUGAGGUUUGUUCAGCCUUACUUUGGUUCGAAUAAUUUUCGCCACACGUAUGCUCCUACAAUUCGACCCAUUCCCAAUUACGAAAGGCCAGAAGCGUAUGAACCUGAAGAGAGAGUCCUACCUGGUAUUCCAAGGCCACCUCCAAGAAGACCACCAAAGAAGCGCAUCCAUGGUGCUUAUGAGAAGGAGAUGAGGCCUAUGAAGUGCUCAAAUUGCAAGAAUAUUGGGAACCACAACAAAGCUAUCUGUCGUGUAUUAAUGAUGGAGUAG